GUCUACCAAACACCAAACUACCAAACCGACAAGUAUUCAUAAGUGUGCGUAUUUGAUAUUUAUGGAAUAUUAAUUAAAUAUGAAAUUUCAAUUAAAUAUUUUCCUAUUAAUGACGGUUUUAAGUUUAUCAAAAGUUCAGUGUCGUGUUGAGGAAAAUGGCAGAAUUUUGGUGUACGAUGAUUUUGAGGAUUACAAAGGUCAGAAUAAUAAAACAUAUCGUCCGUUUGAAGAAAUCCGUUGUCGAAAAGCGUACGAAGAAAAUUGUAAACGGAUUAGGGCUCAUAAUUCGUUAUACCAAAGUGGAAAGGUGGCCUUUCAGUUGAGAGCUAAUUGUUUUGCGGAUUUGAACUCACAAAACUACCUUAAAAGUCAUGUUCGUUUGGUGCCUAGUCCCCGGAUACCCUUAAUUGACGCUCCAGCUCAAAUAGUUGGAGCCUCCAUACAUAGAUCUCGGGAUAAAAAUCAAAUUCCCGAUUCAUUUGAUUGGAGAGAUCAAGGAUUUAAAACUCCACCGAGAAAUCAGUUAAGUUGUGGAUCAUGUUAUGCAUUUAGUAUUGCUGAAAGUAUCGAGGCACAGGUGUAUAAGAGAACUGGAAAGAUUCUGGAUUUAAGUGAACAACAGAUUGUCGACUGUAGUACACGUACCGGUAACAAGGGUUGUGCUGGCGGCUCAUUACGGAAUACCCUAAAAUAUCUUGAGCAAUAUGGUGGACUAAUGCGUGAUAGGGACUAUCCAUAUCGAGCAAAAGAGAAGCAUUGCCGUUUUGCUAAAGAAUUGGCUGUUGUACAAAUAAGUUCAUGGGCAAUUUUACCGAAACAUGAUGAGGAAGCCAUUAAAGUUGCCGUGGCUACAAUUGGACCAGUUGCCGUUUCAAUAAAUGCUAGCCCUCAAACUUUCCAACUUUACAGUAACGGAAUCUAUGACGAUCCAGAUUGUUCGGCGGAUAUGGUAAACCAUGCUAUGCUUGUUGUUGGUUACACCCCGGAAUAUUGGAUUAUGAAAAACUGGUGGGGCGAUAAUUGGGGUGAUGGGGGCUAUAUGAAAAUUAGACGUAAUAGAAAUUUAUGUGGAUUAGCAAAUUAUGCAGCUUAUGCCAUUGUUUAGAUUUUAAUUAAUAAAACAAUAUUUUGAUAUAUCUUUAAUAAAAAAUUAAAAAAUUAA